CCUCCUCGACAUCUUCCCUUCGUCCUCUCCAGCCAUGGCCACUAUUACGGAUUUUGUGGAUCUGUCACAGCCAUCUUUGAAAUUAUGUGUGCUGUCGAUUGCAUUCAAUCCCAUCUUCUGGAACAUUGUUGCCCGCACCGAAUAUCGGAAUCACUUCCUGACUCGUAUCUUCGGUAACAACCCUUACUACGGAUGCUACUUCCUCGCAUUCACCAUCUUCACUCUGGGCAUCGUUCGCGACCAUAUCUACCAACUGGCCCUCGAAGACCAACCCUACUAUGACCCUGUGCACCAACCGAUCCUAGGCGGCGCCCUGUUCGCCGUCGGCUCCGUCCUCGUACUCUCCAGCAUGUGGGCCCUCGGCGUCACCGGCACCUACCUGGGUGACUACUUUGGCAUCUUGAUGGAUGCCCCGGUUACCGGGUUUCCUUUCAACGUCACCGGUUCUCCCAUGUACUGGGGAAGCACCUUGAACUUUUUGGGCGUCGCUCUGUACAGGGGCAAGGUCGCCGGUGUGCUUCUGUCCGCUGGGGUCUUUGUCCUGUACUGGUUCGCCCUGAAGUGGGAGGACCCCUUCACCGCCGAAAUCUACGCCAAGCGUGAGCGCGAACGCGCAAAGUCCAAGCGGGGCGGCAAGGCCCAGUAAGCGACAUUGGUCAGAUUUCCCUUCUGCGCUCUGCUCGGGGCCACACGUGGUCUGUGCGAGCAUGAGAAGCAGCGCCUUUUGGCACUGGAGACCUGGACUUUCAACAUCCACGUGAUCCGUCGGACCCAUUCGGUUGAUGGACAGAUGUCAUCCGACCCGAAGACUGGGACAGAGGGUGGUUAGUAAAGAAAAGGGGAGGAGAGGAUAUGAGAAUAGCUGGUAGCCUUUGAUUGAUUGACAUUCAACAAGAAUUAGUAGGGAGAAGGAGGUGUGUCUGCGUGGCUUGAUAGCCCAGUGGUAUUCAUAUUGUGUUGGGUGUGAAACAUGAACAUGAAAUAUACAUAAGAAACAUUGACUGUUGUCUGCUACGUACUCAAGACGUUUAUG